AUAUGUGUUUCGAGAUGACAGGAAGUUCAUUGUUAAAAUUCCACCGUGCGAAGUAAAUAGACAUUUAAAUCUCAUGAUUGAGAUAUGUCCUUGAACUCAGACAGAAGAAAAAGACACCAAGCUUAACAACAUGUCGUCUAAUAAAGGACUGGGAGAGCCUCCUUCUUACAAUGAAGCAACAAACUGUGACCAGUUAAAGCUUACUUACGAGAACCAGAAUAAUCGCUAUCCUGGAGAUAAUCAAUAUCCUUCGCCAAGUGGCCGUCCAUAUCCAGUCAACCAACACCAACCACAAUGCCCUCCUCAGCAUCAAGUGAUGCUACCUUUGGUUACACAGCCUGGAGCUAUGGUUAUCAACCGAGCCCCUGUAGCUCAGAACUGGAUGGUUCCGGCCGUCCUUGCUUGUCUGUGUUGUUUUUGGCCGACGGGGAUAUGUGCCAUUCUUGUAGCUAGCAAUGCUAACCAAGCAGCAGCAAAUGGUGAUGUAAUAGAAGCGGAAAGGCAGUCAAGAAAAGCGCGCUCCUAUGUGACCGUUUCCUUUGUAAUAGGAAUUAUUUUGAUUAUUUUAGGAGUUGUAUACCGUGUUGCUCUUUAUUUAACAUUGUAUUAAGAAAAAAAAAAUCCAAACGGAAAUUAUCAUUUGGUAACCAACAUAUGCACUUCUUGUACUUAUUGUAGAAUUGAAAGGCUAAAGAGGCGCUUUUCUUUAUGAUAUAAGCAUUUUAACGAGAAACUGUACUUUUUAUGUUGCUUUGGAGGGCCAGUUUCUUUAAGGGGUCUUAAUAGUUUAAGAAAUAUUCAAUAUCUGAUUUUAAGUUUUAUUUUUGACAUUUUUGGUUAUUUAUAUGUAAAGAAAAAAGCAAGUUGUUUAGAUUUAAAAUCUGAAUAUUUAUAUAGAAUUUUUUCAUAAUAUAUCGUUUUAACGAGCUCUUUAUCUGAAGAAGAUUAAAAGAGUCAAUAUAAAAUGACCACAACAACCAAACACUCGUAAAAAGUAAUAACACUUUUAGUUUCCAUUAUGAAUUUUUCUACAGGAUUAUAUCAAACAUUUUUUUAAUAAAAUUGU